AUGGAUAAAUCAUGGAAAUCAAAACCACGAAAUACAGUUGAAUAUGAACAAGGAGUUAGGGCAUUUAUUGAAUUUGCUAUAACACAUAGCUCUGCUGAGGGCUUGAUAUUAUGUCCAUGUUCACGUUGCGGAUUUAGAAAGUGGCAGCCACAAGAAAUUGUGUAUGACCAUUUGAUUUGCACAAAAUUCCCUGAAGGUUACCUUUUUUGGGUUUUUCAUGGAGAGUCACGUGCGGGAGAAACCAGCAAUGCCGGUAAGGAAGAUGAGCUGCAUGGAGGACAAGACAACGCUGUCCAUGAGGAUCCAAUACGAAACAUGGUAAAUGAUGCGUUUGGAGUGGAUGGCCAACAUCAUGCCGAAGAUUUGCCAAAUAAUGGAAAUGGAGAAGGUAAUGGAGGAAAAGAUUUUUAUGAGUUACUUCAAGAUGGAGAACAACCCUUGUAUGAAGGGAGUAACAAAUAUUCAAAGCUAUCCUUUAUUGUUAAGUUGUAUCAUAUAAAGUGCUUGUGCGGGAUGAGUGACAAGGCUAUGACUUUGAUAUUGGAGCUAUUGCACGAUGCAUUUCCUCAUGCUUUGAUUCCAAGUUCAUUUUACGAGGCUAAGAAAACUAUUACGAAGUUGGGACUGGAUUACGAGAAGAUCCAUGCUUGUCCACAGCAUUGUAUGUUGUAUUGGGGUGAGGAUAAUGUUGACAGACAAUUUUGCAAGGUCUGUACCAAAUCUAGAUGGAAACCUUGUGGCAAAGGAGGUGAACAACAACAUGGAAAUAGGCAACGUAAAGUGCCUGCCAAAGUUGUUCGUUACUUUCCACUUAAACCACGCUUACAAAGAUUGUUCUUGUCUACAAAGAUUGCCGAAGACAUGAGAUGGCAUGGUACCGAUGGUGAUAACGAUGGUUCCAUGAGGCAUCCUAGAGAUUCAGAAGCUUGGAAGAAUUUUGAUUCCUUACACUCCUCAUUUGCAUCAGACCCACGCAAUGUUCGACUUAGGUUGGCCACAGAUGGUUUUAAUCCAUUCGGUAAUAUGAGCUCCAGCUACAGUGUUUGGCCAAUUAUUUUAAUCCCCUAUAAUACGCCUCCAUGGUUGUGUAUGAAGUCCACGUCAUUUAUUAUUUCAACAUUUAUACCUGGUAAAAAAAUGUCGGGAAAUAAUAUUGAUGUGUACUUACAACCGUUGCUGAAAGAGUUGAUUGAAUUAUGGAAUGAAGGUGUAGAUGCUUAUGAUGCUUCGACACGGGAGAUGUUUAAGCUACGAGCAGCUUUAAUGUGGACAAUUAGUGAUUUUCCUGGUUUGGGUAAUCUAUCUGGGUGGAACACACACACUGGGUUAGCAUGCCCCGUGUGCAACUUUGACUUUGAACCUACUCGUCUUUAUCAUAGUAAGAAGUGGUGUUUUAUGGGUCAUCGACGUUUUCUUCAGCAAAGACAUCAGUUUAGAUUGAAUAAGGUUCGAUUUAAUGGAAAACAGGAACUACGCAAUCAACCAAGGAUAUUAUCUGGCUGCGAAAUUCUUGAACAAGUUCAAAAUGUUAAUGUUACCUUUGGUCGACCACCCGAAGUCAGCGGAAGAGGGAAAAGAUUACGAGUUGGUGAUCGUGAUGCACAAGGCAAGGCCCCACAAUGGAAAAAGAAGAGCAUAUUCUUUGACCUUCCAUAUUGGAGACAUAAUUUAUUGCGUCAUAAUCUUGACAUGAUGCACAUUGAGAAGAAUGUCUGCGACAAUAUCAUUUACACCUUGCUUAAUGAUUCAUCAAAAUCAAAAGACCAUUUGAAUGCUCGAAGAGAUCUACAACGAAUGGGCUGCAAGCCUGACCUUUGGCCAAAUGAGAAUGGAAAAUAUCCUUUAGCAGUGUAUACAAUGACCAAUCAAGAGAAGAAGGCUUUUCUGAAGACAUUGCGGAAUAUCACUGUACCAGACGGUUAUGCAAGCAACAUAUCUAGAUGCAUUGAUGUUGAUUCUAUGCGCAUGAAUGGGCCACUGAAAAGUCAUGAUU